AUGCCGGAGGACGGGUACGAGUGGAAGAAGUACGGCCAGAAGUUCAUCAAGAACAUCCAGAAAAUCAGGAGCUACUUCCGGUGCCGGCACAGGCUGUGCGGCGCCAAGAAGAAGGUGGAGUGGCACCCGUGGGACCCCAGCGGCUACCUCCGCAUCGUCUACGAGGGCGCGCACCAGCACGGCGCCCCGGAGGCGGCGGCGGCUCCUCCCGGCGCACAGCUGCAGGGCGGCGGCGCCUCCUCCAACAGAUACGAGCUGGGCGCGCAGUACUUCGGCGGGGCCCGGUCGCAGUGA